AUGGCUCAAACAACAUCCUUAGCCGAAGGUAUCGGUGCCUGGAAUCCUGCUCUCCGACCAGAAAGCCACUCAUCCCUAAGUCGCGAAGAAUCAAUAAUUACGACCGAUCUGAACCAGUCACAUAAUGAUGAGAAUAGCGAUUCAUGGGAGAAAGGCUCGGUCGAGCAUGUCGAUUCCGAAGGAGAAGAAUUUUCCGGUCAGCUGAAAACCCAAACCAAGCCAAUAUUCGCGCCCUCAGAGGCAGACUCCAGAUUUGAAGAAGGUGUCCCGUUGCUGGAUGAGUCUAAUCCUUCUUCACCCGAACGCCUCACCUCGAAACAUGAACCUUCAGCUAGCGACCCCUUAUCGAAUGAUAAUGACAACCCGGACGGGCUUCUUAGCUCUGUUAAGAAUGAGGCGCAUAACGAGCCGCAUUUAACUCGAAAGAGCACAUCGCAGGUUAUUGAAUCCUUGGUGGACGAUUCUAUUCCGUCUUCGCCCGAGCAAGCCACAGCGGAUGAACCCUCAGUUAGCGACCCCUUCUCAAAUGAUAAUGAUGAUACGGAUGGAUUUUUUGGUUCUAUGCCAAAUGAGUCGCACAAUGAGCCGCAAGUUAUCAAAUCUAUCACGGACGAUACUUUCCCUGUUGCGUCUGAUGAAAUCACAAUAGGGAAUGAACCUUCAACUAGUGACCCAUUUUCGAACGAUAACGAUGAUGCGGAUGGGUUCUUUAGCUCCGUGAAGAAUGAGUCUCACAGCGAGCCACAAGUCAUCGAAUCCGUGGUCGAUUCUAUCCCAAUUUCGCCCGAACAAGUCACAUCGGAGCAUGUAAUUUUGGCUAGCGACCCGUUUUCGAAUGAUAAUGAUGAUGUGGAUGGAUUUUUUAGCUCUGUGCAGAAUCAGUCACACAGCGAGCCGCAAGUUCUGGAAUCCGUUGUGGACGAUUAUAUUCCAGCAUCGUCCGAGAACAUCACAGUGGAGCAUGAGUCUUCAGCUAAUGACCCCUUCUUAAACGAUAUUGAUGAUGCGGAUGAGUUUUUUAGCUCCAUAAAGAAAGAGUCUCAAACAGAACCGCAACUUAUCGAAUCCUUGGGGUUCGAAAUUGACGCCUCGGUCAGUGAUACAACAGCUGCUGCGGAGCUAGAAGAUGUCCUCAGGGCUGCACCUUCCGAACUUCAAGCUCCCCAGGUACAGACCGAGACCGCUGAGCCUUCUGAGGAGGAACUGGCUGCUCGAUGGGAGGCUGAAUUGAGUGAUACUGGGGAAGAUGACCUUGCAGCCUGGGAGGCUGCAUUGGAUGACGAUGACAUGUUACUUGAAGAAGAUUUCAUUGAGCCUUCGGCUAGUGAGAAUCAAGCUACACCGCAAACCCAUGUUGCCAAUGGCUUGAAUAGUCCCUUUGAAACCCCACAAUUAAACCAGACACGAUGUCAACCGAUCCCUGGUGUUUAUACGCCGCAUCAACCAUCUACAUCUGAUUUGCUUUCUGGGGUCCCAAUCCCAGGGGCUUCUUCGUCGAUAAAUCCAGCUGCCACUUCAUACUUCCCACAACAGCCACAAAGGCCUGUAACUACUCGGGGAGAGAGCUUCGCUGAGCAAUCUAAACAAGGGUACAAAUCUCCUUAUGAUCUCCCGGAGGACCUAUCUCGCGGACCGCGAAAAGUGAUCACCCACAAAGCUAGCAUCCCGAUGCUUCAACCGCUUCCUCCUCGCAAUGAUGUGCCCCUGUUGUACCCCCCCAUUCCCGUUGCUCCUCCCCACGCAAAGAACUUCUAUGAAGAGUUACCUCCUCCUCCUCCAAAAUCUAGACAAGGAAGCUCAGGUCGAUAUACUCCUAGUCCAGCUCUAGCUCCUACUGAAACGCCGUUUGUUCCUUCUCAGGUUUCGUAUACUCCUGCUGCUGCUGCAAUGAAUGUGCCUUCAGCCCAAACCAUGCUCCAGCCGCCUGAGCGCUUGGACCCUUACGCUCCUGUAUUGGCUUCAAGUGCGCCUGCUGCUUCAAUUGCCACCUCUAGGUAUUCUCCUCAGCCACCCAGCCUGCAACCUUCAACGAAGGCUCCAGCGAGAUAUUCACCUGCACCACCACCCUCGACAUCGACUGCUCGUACUCGCUAUGCAUCCCAGCCUUUGGCUGUACCCGGUCAGACAAACGCAUUGCCAUUCCAGCCACGUACAUCCAGUCCUUUGGCAUACCACGAGAAGACUUCAAAUCAACCAGAAGGCGUACAGCAUCAAAUGCCGCCGUCUCUCCAGCCCUCGGUUGAUUUCUUGCCACCACACCCACAUCAGCCCAGCAUUGACCAAGGGUUACCGUACGCCCCUCCGUUGCCAAAUGGGGCAGUCAAUAUCGUGAACCAAGGAGCUUCGAUGCCUCCAGUUCCUCGACAGCAGACACCUCCCGCGACUCGUUAUGCGCCCCUCGAGUAUAUCAACGAUUUUACUCAGCGUAUUACAUCGAACCCUUCCAUAGCCCCUGCAGCUCCUCAAGCUGGCGUGCUUCAGGUCUCUCCGCCUCCGCCUCGAAGGUCUCAAACUCAGUCUCCCGGUCAAUAUAUGAUUAAUCCCCGAGGUUAUGUGCCGAGUAUCGAUACUCUUCCUCGCCCUGCUUCUGUGCACGGCUCCGGCUCACCAACCAAAACCACCAAUCCAUAUGCAUUUGCACAGCCCCCUGCACAUAACCGCGGUGUUUCCCAGAAGCUUGAUUUUAUCGCCCCUGUCGAUGGCCAAGAACUUGAUCCACUUGAGCGUUGGAAGGGUGCUCCCAUUUUCAAAUUCGGGUUUGGUGGGGCUGUGGUUUCAUGCUUCCCUAAACUUAUUCCCCGGUAUUCGGCUGCUCAGGUGGCUCCGAUGAUCAAACCAACUCCAGGAGAGACCAAGUCUUCUCAACUAACGACUUGGCUGCCCUCCAACGAAAUAAUCACCCAACACCCCGGUCCUCUGAAGACCAAAUCCAAGAAAAAGGAUGUAUUAGCCUGGCUUUCUAGCAAGAUUGCAUUGUUUGAAAAUGAAAUCGUUCAGGAUUACAACCUAUCUUCUCCUGAUGUCCGGAAGCGCCAUGAAGAGAAGAUCUUGCUAUGGAAGGUCACUAAAAUAUUGGUCGAAAAUGAUGGUGUUCUGGAAGGCACUUCGGCAAUCCAACAGCAACUCAGGGAGAUAAUCUUCCCGGGCCUUCCUGUUACCAACCCCGAUGUUUCGUAUGGAGGCGCUUUUCCAACAUUAAGCGACUACAAACCCCUGUCACUGCCAUCUCAGCCUGAUGCUAUCGAUCCUGAAUGGAUCGAAGAACUCCGCAACCAUCUUAUUCAAGGGGAGCGGGAGAAGGCGAUUUGGAGCGCAGUCGAUCGCCGUCUUUGGGGACAUGCAAUGCUCCUAGCGUCUACCCUAGAUAAAUCUAUUUGGAAGCAAGUGGCCCAGGAGUUUGUCCGACGUGAUGUUCGAUCCUCAACUGCCAAGACUGAGUCAAUUGCGGCUCUUUAUGAUAUAUUCGCUGGUAAUGUCGAGGAAAGUAUCGAUGAGCUUGUACCUCCAUCUGCGCGUGCCGGUCAUCAUUUGAUCAGCAAGGUAGAUGGUCAAGAUACAACGAAGAACGCCCUCGACGGCCUUGAAAGCUGGAGAGAUACCCUUGGACUAGUUCUGAGCAACCGGAGUUCCGAAGAUCACUUGUCAUUGUUGGCCCUCGGCCGUUUGCUUGCAUCGUAUGGGCGCAUUGAGGCCGCACAUAUUUGCUUCAUUGUCUCUCGAAGCUCUGUUUUCGGUGGCGCUGAUGACCCGCAGGCUAACAUUGUGCUCAUUGGUGCUGAUCACCAACGAUUCCCCUCGGCUCUUCUAGAUGAGGAUUCCUUUCUUCUAACUGAAGUCUAUGAAUUCGCUACAUCUGUUCUGGCCGGUUCUUCCACGACCAACUUUUCGUAUCUGACAGCUUUCAAGGUCCUCUAUGCCAAGCAUCUGGCUGAUAGAGGACGCAAAUCAGAAGCCCAGAGCUACUGUGAUGGAGUAGCAUCCGCUCUCAAAUCGACCACUCGCCCUUCACCUUACUAUCACCAGACUUUGUUUGCUGAAGUGGAAGAGCUAUGUGCUCGACUGCGGCAAACUAACAGCGAUGGUUCUUCAUCUUGGAUUUCAAAACCCAGUAUGGAGAAGGUGUCUGGGAGUAUGUGGGCUAGGUUCAAUAGCUUCGUUGUUGGUGAUGACAGCGACGCAGCAUCGACUGGCUCUGGAAAGGCAGGCGAGACAGCAGAUUUUGGGCCAUUCGCCAAUGUCGCUGGAACCCCAAUUGUCAGCCGAUCCCCAUCUGUUUCCGAUAUCUAUGGCUCUUACCCUGGGUCAGGGGCGCAGCCAAUUCCGGCUGGUGUCCCUUCGAGAUACCUUCCAAAUCAAUACGCACCCAAUGCAUCACCAGAACAAUUCCGUAGCCGAUCGUCUCUUGAUUCCCAGCGGUCUUUUUCUGGUGGUGUUCCUUUUGGACAGCGCCGAAGUUCGCAGGACCCUACCUCGCCAAUUGAAUCUCAUGGUUUCCCAGCAGCGCAGAUAUACAGCUCGCCGGGUGUAUCUGGGUAUCAGUCAACCCCUCCUCAAUCCUCCUACAUGCCUCUUGCUCCAGUCGAGGAAGAUUCGAGUCAGUCACCGGCGGAAGUUGCACCCCCAGUCCAGCCCGUGGUUAAUGGCCUUUUCUACCAGCCACCAGGGCAAGACCCUGCUCCUGUUGAACCAUCGCCUUAUUAUCAAGGGCCGCCUGGUAUGCCUCAGUCUGAAAGUCCCAGUUAUCUACCUCCUGCUUCCAGCAACUCUUAUGAGCCCCCUUCAUACUCCCUGGGAAUGAACACGUCCCCAGAGGUGGCCGAAGAGUCCCCUGAGGUUGCCGAACCAAACCCAAAGAAGAAGUCGUUCAUGGAUGAUGAUGACGACGACGACGACUUGGCUUCUCGAGCUGCAGCUAUUCAGAAAUCUCAGAAGGCCGAGAAUGACCGCAAGGCGGAUGAAGCAUUCAGGAAAGCCGCCGAAGAAGAUGCCAAGCGAGACUCGCAGCAACCCGGAAAGAAGGGCUGGUUCGGUGGAUGGUUUGGUGGCAAGAAAGAGACAGAUAAUAAACCUGCCGGUAGCGGCCCUAUCAGAGCCAAACUUGGCGACGAUAGUUCGUUCUAUUACGACAAGGAGUUGAAGAAAUGGGUUAACAAAAAGGAUCCCGACUCUGCUGCUCCCGUGCGUGCCACGCCGCCACCUCCGCGAGCCUCAGCUCCUCCCAGUCGGACGAACUCGGGAAUUCUCCAUCCCCCUGCUGCUCCCAUGUCCGCCCCGCCGGGCAGCCGGCCUCAAUCUUCCUCUAGCGACAUUCCGCUUCUAUUCCCAUCGAGCCCUGCCGGUCUCGGUGUGCCUCCUCCUACACCUCCCACACUUGGCAAUAUGCCUCGGUCAGUCUCAACCAGCGCUUCUAUGCCACCUCCAAAUAGUUUAGGUGUCCCACCUCCACCUCGGCCUCUAUCUUCUCUCAGCAAUGCCCAAUCCAUUGAUGACCUUAUAGGUGCUCCUCAGGCGCGUAAAGGAAACGUCUCUCGGAACAAGAAGAAGGGUCGCUAUGUUGAUGUCAUGGCAAAAUGA